AUGUUUGAUACAUUAGAUGAUGCAAGAAAUGGUGAUUGGAAAGUACCGAUCCCUUCGAAAUUUAAAUUGACAGAAGAAAGCGGUCAAAUGAGAACAAUAGAAAUCAGUAAUGAUGAUUCUUCUAACGAGAAAACUAAUGUAAACGAAAUUUCCGCGACUCAAGAAUGUUCAAGUUAUGUGUUCCACAACGAUGAUGUGCGCAUAAGAUUGAUCGACACUCCUGGUAUUGGUAACAAACGCGAAAUUGAGAAAAAUUUUGAUAACAUCUUAAUGUUUGCAAAUCAAUACCAACACCUGAAUGGGAUCUGCAUUCUCCUCAAACCUAAUAAUACACGAUUGAGAUUUGACAUGCAAGAAUUGUUGUCACAUCUUAAUAAAAGUGUAAAGAACAAUAUUGUUUUCUGUUUUACCCAUACUAAACCAACAUUCUAUCGUCCGGAAGAUACAAUGGGUCCACUCGGAGAACAACUCUCAACUCUUAAGAAUCAAUUUAAGGUUGAAAUAAAUCUUAAUCAAGAUACAGUUUAUUGUUUUGAUAAUGAAUCUAUUCGAUUUUUAGCAGCAGACAAAGCAGGUGUGAAGUUUGAAAAAGGAUAUGAAGAAUUUUCCGAAAGCUGGAGAAAAUCCGUAGAAGAAUCAUCGAGACUUCUCAAAUACUUUGAGAAUUGUAAACCUCACAAAAUAAAUGAUACAUUAUUAAUUAAAGAUGUACGAGAUAUCAUGAUGCGUUUAGCUAAACCUCUUGCAGAAAUAGGAACUCGCAUUCACGCAAAUAUUGGCUUUCUUCAUGAUCAUCUAAAAGAAAUUGAAAAUACAGCUGAAACAGCCAAAAAUCUUAUAGAUAAAUUAUAUAUUAAACAACUUGAUUUUAAACCCGAAAAAUUACAACAUCCGAGAACUGUAUGCACCAGCGCUAGUUGUGUUCAAGUUUCUACCAAGAAUGGAGCUAAUAUAAUAAACUAUAUUACUCAUUGUCAUAAAAGUUGUGGUUUAUCAGGCGUUAAAAGUUAUGAGAAAAAAAAUCCAGCCUUAAAAAAUUGCGGUGCUAUGGAAAAUAAUGGAACUUGCAAAACUUGUAAAUGUAAUUGGGAUACUCAUAUGCACGUUGAUCAUGAAUUAAUACCUGUAUAUACAAAAGUCAUUGACAAAAAUGUAGAAAGUGCAAUUAAUGAAAAGCGUUCUUUCCAAGAACAAAAGAAAAUGGCUAUGGAGGCUUCCCUAAGAAAAGUUGCUGAAUUGAAAGAAGAACAAAAAGUAAUAACUGAUAUAAAUGUCAAGUUUGUACAAUUUCUAAAACAAAGUACAAUAGUCCCUUUCAUCGAUGCGUAUAUAGAUUACUUGGAUCAUUUCAUAAAGGAAGAAGAAAUUAAGAAGAAUGUUAGUCCUAAGAAUUUCAAUGAUGCAGUUCUCAAAGGACUCGAAGAUGCGAAGAAAGAAUACACGGAAAAGAUAAAUCUUAUUAAAAAAUCGAUUGAAAAUAAUGAUAAUUCGAUAGAAACAAUCUCGCCAGACGAUAUGUCUAAAAUUGAACAACAAUUGAAUGAAUUAAAACAUAAUGGUGAGGCACUGAAAGAUAUAAAGGAGAAAAAGGAGAAAGAAAAGUAUAAUCAAAAACAUAUAUUCGAAAAUCAAGAGAAACAUUAUAAUUUUCCGAAAAAAAUCCACCCUGAAAGCCAGGAAAUUGAUCAACAAAUUUUAACUGAAACAGAAAAAGAUAACGUUGAUGAAACUAAGAUUUUCACAGUACAACAAGAACAAGAAAAAGAAAAAGAUGGGGAAGUUGAUGAAACUAAGACUUUCAGAGUAAAACAAGAAUAUUAUGACAAAGCAACAGAAAUUUAUAAAUCACUUAAAACUGAAACUCUUUUGAUUGGUUUGAGCUUUAUUUUUGCUCUUAUUAUUUCUAUGUCCUAUAGUAAUUAA